AUGGGACUUACACCAGUAAAUUUGGACAACCAUUUGGUCUUUGAAGAUCCCCCAAAGGAUUCCAUUAUUCCUUUGGUUCGUCAUGACCAACCAAAAGCUUACUCUCUCCCUCUGUUUCUCGCAGCCAUGGCAUCGCCUUCACAGCUUUCCCUCAAACAACUUCGUGAUUUUCACCACAUCGAUCGCAUUGCUUAUUCUAGACUUAUAACCCUUAAUUCCGACCCUUUCCAUGCAAUGAAAAUCGUUGCCUUCUGGAAUACUCUUGAAAAAAUUGGCAUCAAACACUUGGUUUAUAACCUUGAACGAUUCUCUGAUUCAUCGCUUUUCUCUCUGGCCAAAGACUCCGUCCUCUGCUUGCAAUGCCUCUACUCUUCUUCCCAACAAAUCUUCCCAUGGCUCCGUCUCGAUUUCCCGGAGAUGAACAAACUUGUUUCUCAAGAAAUCUUGUUGGGGUUUCUCGUUAAGAACAGGGAGAUCCUUAAAAGGAUGAUCAAGGGUUUUGUGAAAGAUGUGUGUGAGGCAGCGUUUCUCCAACAAAAUUUGGGUCACAAGCGAUCUUACCCUUAUGGUGGUCAACCCAAUUCUGUAACUGCGACAGAUGAAAACAAGGAGGUUUUGAAGGAGGGUAAAAUUGAUUGGGAAGACAAAACAUUGUUUAUGACAUUCUCGAGGGGACAUCCGGUUUCAAACAAAGAAAUCAAAGGUUUCAUAGCGGGUAAAUUCGGGAGUCGUGUGGAGGCAAUCUGUAUGGAUAAAAACCCAAAGCAGCGUUUGUUCGCCUGUGUUGUUCUAAAGUCACACGCAGACAUGUCCAGGAUUGUUGGGACUAACAAACUAGCGCAACACGUCAUUAAUGGCAAACAAGUUAGGGUUCGAAGAUUUGUCCCCAAAAGUAAUUUUCUUAUGAAAACAGGUUAG